AUGCAAUCCCAAUCUCGUGGUUCCCUAGUAAUACACUACCACCGCACGCAGGGCGAUCAUCACCGAUGGGACCUUUUCCUCUCUGCCUCGCAAUCCUCCCCCUUCACCCCGAUCAAAGUCAUUUCCCCCGUUUGCGAAUCCGGCGUCACCUCCUUCGGCACCGCCUUCCGCAUCCCGCUGUCCGCUCUCUCCUCCUGUUCCAUCUCCGUCCUCCCCACGCACGCCAUUCUCGGCACGGACAACCCGCCGCGUCUCCUUACGGUCCCCACCACCACCAGCUCUGACCUGCACAUCUUCAUCGUUCAAGGCGAUUCCGCGGUGUACGGCGAUCCAUUCGCUUUCGAACUUCCAUCAAUCGCAUCUCCGCGCUUUGUCGGUCUCAGCUUAUCCGAUUCCAGUUCCAACCCAUGGAUCGUCUUGUUGAACGGAGGCACCAAAUGCGAGCUAUUUCCGGUUUCAUCGCCGUUCCGAGACCCCCAAGCUCCGCCGUUGUAUUUGCUUGACCAAGCUGUUCUAGCCGGCAGUGCCGUAUCCAUUGCCACAGUUGUUGAGCACUCUGAUGCUGUUUGCAUUGCUGGACCAUCGAACAAGCAUGCCACUCUCGAUCUUCCAGUUACGAGCGCUUCUCGCAUUCAGCUUCGUCGCGACGACAAUGGAAACUUACAGCUGCACCCGGACCUUACCACGACACCGCUUCCGCUCCUCCUUGCCGCUCAAGCGGACAGAUGUCCAUCGCUGUCAAUAAUCCGUUCAGCCCCGUCCACAAUCCCGCCGCCGGAAUGUGUUCACGUUCCGCCCAAGGGGAAGCCCUUGAGAGUUUAUCUCAAGCAACUAGGGCGGAACGUAUACAACGUAAAAGUGGAUUUGUUGGUCACGGAUUCUUCGAGAAUGACGCUCCUGCCUCAACGGCUUGAGACUCUAGACGAUGGCAGACCUAUAUUUGACGUGAAUCUAGUUAAAUUGUCACCAGAAAAGAUUUCAAAAGGGCUGAGGAUUGUCCCAGUCGUCGGAGGAAAAAUCGGAACUGCUUUCUUGUGGACCCCCGAGAUGGGUUUGGAUGUCGUUCUUGCGGAAUCAUUUUCGGAACUGAUCAAAAUUGAACAUGUGAAUCUGUCCGUGAUGUACCAUAGGUUUGGAGACUUUGAGGACUGGAAUGACUGGGAGCUUCAUGUUUGGACCGAGGCAAACGACAGGCAUCCGGCUUAUUCGACCAUGUUGAAGCCAGAACGCUCUAUAUUGCCCGGCAUCGCUCGGUUUAAUUUUGAUGGCUACUUAUUUCCUUGCGGCGCUGUGGUCCGUGCCGAACCGGUACGCAUGGCAUUAUUUCCUGGGAGAAUGCUGACGAACGAGCACGGCGAGCAGUAUCAGGGGGAACCAUAUACGGAUGCUCUCCGGCGCGACGUCGUACGGGAAUGGGUUAGUGGAAGUGCGCCAGCAGCGGUCCUCCACUUUUUGCAGGGGCAUUCCGAAGUCUUGACGGAUGCGCCACUGGCUGCCGAUAUGCGUUAUGGAAGGAAAUUUCGCCUUAGAUAUCGGCGGUACCUUCCUGAGGACUACGAUGAGUGGGAUUUGUGGACGUGGGACGAAAGCGAUCCGGAAAAUAAUAGGAUUGCCGUUGCUCCAAUGCCAGAUUCCAUAACGAGAGCAUGGGUUGACUUUGAGAUUGAUAGAGCGAGAUACGGUGCUGGUGCUUCAAUAUCCCUCGUCCCCCGCAAAAAUAGGGAGAUGUGGAGCGAGCGUGAUGAACCUACACGAGUUUGGCGGAAUGACAUGUGCAAUAGGACCAGUCGCACCUUGGACGUUGCCUUGGUAACUGAUGCGCCUUCGACAGAGAUCGGAGGAGAGUGCCCAUUUCAAGAAGAUUUUUCUGUUCCCAUGUUCACAAUUGUCCAGGGAAGCAGCCUCAUCCUGAGAAAGUUGGAAGAGGUGAAAUCAAUGAUGACAGCAUACGUUGAUUCAGAAGAGUCUAUAAUCAUCGCUUCUCCAGUUCCUGUGGCCUGGGUCUCCCCUCCAAAUCGAGGCCGCUCGCAAGCAAUAUCUGAUACAGUAGUGAGAGUAUGUUCGGCUGCGACGAAUGGAUUCAGAUCUGCUGAUGGUCAUAUAGAAGACGAUACCACUGGUAUUGUCUUGCCUAUUCGGAAAUUUCACGAGGUCGCACCAACCCAGUUCAGACUAACGUUUAAUGAAAAAGCUGUCCGCUUUGAAGAGGAUUUCUUGAUAGAGAACGUAUCUGUAACAGUGCCUGGGUUUGACUCAGUAAGGUUAACAUGGCGCAUUCACGAGGAUUGGGACAAGUAUCAUUAUACUGGCACCUUAGGGUGGGAAUAUGAAGUCACGAAAUGUUCUUUCAAAUGCUUUGCCCCUACUGCAGACAACAUGUACGUUAUCCUUUACAACUCACCCCACGGCAAAGAAGGGCGACGAGCUGUGCCAAUGCGACGAAUUCCUGAAGGUUGUUGGAAGGCCAUCGUCGAAGAAGAUUUGAAAGGAAAAUACUACAAGCUGCGAGCAGGUGGAGAAAACCCGCGCCUCUUUCCAGGAGUGGAAGUUAUAGACCCAUACUCACGUUGCAAUACUAGUCACACUGGGCGGGGGCUAAUAUUCGGUUUUGAAAAGACUGCUAUUCAGCCAGGCCCUUGCAUACCUGCUUCGGAAACUAUUAUUUAUGAGCUGCACGUCCGCGAUCUAACUAUCGAUGAGAAUAGCAGUGUUAUAAAGCGCGGGAAAUUUUUGGGCGUAACGGAGCGUGGGACAAAAAUGAAGGCAGUCUCUUCUGGUUCUGGAACCGGUGACACUAGCGCAAAGCCUCUGACGCCGUGGAAACAAGAAUUGAUUCCGACCCUAGAGGUAGGCAUGCAAAGCUUGGACAAAUUCUCAUCUGCUCUUGAUCACAUUGUGCAGAUGGGUGUUAACACUAUUCAGAUUCUACCAAUUCAGGAUUUCGACAACGACGAAAAUGAUGACUCAUCCUAUGGAUGGGGAUACAUGCCAGUGCACUUCAACUCCCCAGAUGGUUGGUACGCUUCUUCGACCAGCUCUGUGGCCCGUGUCACAGAGUUUAAGCAGCUUGUGGAUGCCGUCCACAAGGCCGGUUUGAAAGUGAUUAUGGAUGUGGUCUACAAUCACACAGCUGAAGACAGCAACGAAUACAACUUGGAUGCCAGAUUUUCUUUUAAUGGGUUGGCUCCUCGUUACUACUAUCGAACGUGCGGGAAUACCCCUGUUGCUUACACAGGGGAUAGUACAUGCGCAAUGAGGAAGCCAGAUGAGCCGAGGUGCGGUGCAUGUUAUUCCAAUGGAUCCGGAUGUGGAAAUGAGUUGAGAAGCGAGUCACCGAUGGGUCGAAAGUUUAUCAUUGACUCAUUAAAAUACUGGGUUACCGAAUACAAAGUCGACGGGUUUCGCUUUGACCUGCUUGGUUUGAUUGAUGUCGACACCUUGGAGAUGGCAGGCUCUGAACUCCGUCAGAUCAAUCCUAAUGUCAUGAUUUACGGCGAGCCUUGGGCUGGCGGUCUUUCUCCGAUACGAAUCACUGCAAAAGGUUGUCAACGCAGCAGAGGCUUUGGGGUUUUCAACAAUACUUUUCGGGAUGCGAUAAGAGGAUCUCCCUUUGGUACAGAGGAAACGUUUGUAAUGGACGGCAGUAGAUUAACUGAGAUCAAAGGUGGGAUAAUUGGUUCCGUGGAUGACUUCUGCGAUUUUCCCACAGAGACAGUUAACUACGUUGAAUGUCAUGACAACUAUACUUUGUGGGAUCACUUCAGGUUUUACAUUCGAUCACGAACAGAUGACAUAGUGUUCACUGAAAAUGAUAUGCGACGAAUGCACAGACUUGCGGCAGCUAUCGUUUUUACUUCCCAGGGAAUCCCGUUCAUGCAGCUGGGACAGGAAAUGUGCCGAACCAAGUUUGACGUCGAGAAUUCCUAUGAGUCACCAGACAAGAUUAAUAUGGUGCGCUGGGAAGCCAAACAAUCAGAGUGGACAACGGUACAGUAUUACCGUGGGCUCAUCCUUCUGAGAAGGGCACAUCCAGAACUCUUCUGCAAAAGCACGGCGGACGAGAUCCAUGAGGGUUUGGUCUUUUAUGAGGAUCUCGGACUUGCAGUGCCAGAGCGGUGCAUAGGUUAUCGAAUCUUAGGCAACUCUGCAAAACUGUACCAAAGACUUCUGACAACCAAUCCAGAUGCAGAUUACGAAGCUCUGAGAGAAGAGUCUAUGAAAUGGACAGAGGUCGUCGUGUUGCUGAACCCCACACCUUCUCAAGUAGUAUUCGAAUUGCCAGACCACGAGAGAGACGCCAUAUGGGUGGAAGUUGUCGAUGCCACACAUUCAGGGACGCGUGGCCUCAGAAUGCCGAUGAUAGGAGCAAUUGAGGUUCAGGGUCGUUCCGCUUGUGUCCUUCGGCGAGCAUCAGAACGGGAAGAGGUCGACUUACAGCUUAGACUUCGCUUGAAUUCAAUUUCAGAUUGCUAUUCCAGUUUUCAUGGCGAUGACCCUAUCACAAAAUACGCAGUAGGGUUAUCUUCUCAACGGAGUGAAAAAGAACUUGAGGAUUUUAAGAGACUGAAGGCUUUACGGGAGCGAUUCGAGGAGCAACGGGUGAGGCUCCAGGACAAUGCAACUUUUGUGCCUUCGCCGAAGAUGACUGAAGCCAAUGCUAUCGAAACACUGGACCACAAGCAUGGGGAGCAUCACAAACAGUCUAAAUCGCAGCCAAGUCCAGGACCAGCAGCAUCGUGAGGCGUAAUUAGAUUCCAUCAAACAGGACCCUUCGUAGAUACACUAACAUUCCAACUUACUAACUAGGCCGUGUCUACAAUAUCUGUGACAAGCGUUUGCUCCUGUUUUCGUGUAUAAAAGCAACGUGUAAA